GCCAUCCAGAAACCCCAUUUUUUUUCCCUGCGAAGACUCCACGAAGAACUUAAAACCAAAAAUAAAAAGGAAAAAGGAAAAAAGAAAAAACCAAAACCAAAACCGCUUGAGAGCGAAAAUCUAGAGAGAGGGAGAGAGAGAGAGAUAAAUCACAGCGAGAGAGAGAGAGAGAGAGUAGGCAUUAAUGGCGGAGGGGAAGAGAGAGAGGAGAGCGAGCAGCGAGGAGAGCGUGAAGCUGUUCGUAGGUCAGGUGCCGAAGCACAUGACGGAGGCUCAGCUACUCGCAAUGUUCAAGGAGUUCGCGCUCGUCGACGAGGUCAACGUCAUCAAGGACAAGGCCACGCGCGCCUCACGUGGGUGUUGCUUCGUGAUAUGUCCGUCGAGGCAGGAGGCGGACAAGGCCGUCAAUGCGUGUCACAACAAGAAGACUCUGCCUGGGGCAUCUAGUCCGUUGCAAGUGAAGUAUGCAGAUGGCGAGUUGGAAAGACUAGAACACAAGCUCUUUGUUGGCAUGCUUCCGAAGAAUGUUUCUGAAGCUGAUGUUUCUGCUCUCUUCUCUAAACAUGGAUCUAUCAAAGACUUACAGAUAUUAAGAGGUUCUCAGCAAACUAGUAAAGGCUGUGCAUUUUUGAAGUAUGAGACAAAAGAGCAAGCAAUUGCAGCACUUGAGGCCAUCAAUGGAAAGCAUAAAAUGGAGGGAUCAAGUGUUCCUUUGGUCGUGAAAUGGGCAGAUACUGAAAAGGAAAGGCAAGCGCGGAGGGCUCAGAAAGCUCAAUCCCAGGCUUCUAACGUGCCCAGUAUUGAUUCACAACAUCCUUCAUUAUUUGGAGCUUUGCCAAUGGGUUAUGUUCCCCAAUAUAAUGGAUAUGGUUAUCAGGCUCAUGGAACCUAUGGACUUAUGCAAUACCGCCUGCCACAAAUUCAGAAUCAACCUGGAUUUCAUAAUAUGAUUCCUACAGUAAACCAAGGAAAUGCAUUGCGUGGAAUUACGCCUGAUCUUGGCCCCAGUAUGGCGUCUAGAAAUUACGCUAUUCCUCCUGCAAGUUAUGUGGGCUCUUAUCCGGGGGUACCCGGACUUCAGCAUCCCAUGGCAUAUCCUGGAGGAAUGAUGAAUCACCGGCCAAUGAGUGGUUCACCUGGGUCAGUGCCACCUGCUGUUGUUAGCAGUAAUUCUGCGACAUCUUCUGGCAUGGGUAAAAGUUCUGGGGGUCAGGUUGAAGGUCCACCUGGUGCUAAUCUAUUUAUUUAUCACAUACCUCAAGAAUUUGGAGAUCAAGAGCUUGCCAAUGCUUUUCAGGCAUAUGGUAGGGUCUUGAGUGCUAAGGUUUUUGUCGACAAAGCAACUGGUGUCAGCAAAUGUUUUGGAUUUGUCAGCUAUGACUUACCAGAGGCUGCUCAAUCUGCCAUUACUAUGAUGAAUGGAUUCCAGUUAGGUGGCAAGAAAUUAAAGGUUCAGCUUAAGAGAGAUAAUAAAGAGAGUAAACCUUAUUGAAUUGAAGGUGAGUUAUGGAAGAAAGAAGAAUUCUUAAUGAUAUGCGGUCGCAUGCAACCUGGUCAUAUGGGUGCCACUGCAGUAUCAACAUUUGGGAUGGAAUAAAGAUAAUUUGUUGUUUUAUGCAUUGCUCCAUCCUACUUGUAAUUGCCUCAAUGGGAUUGAAAUUCCAGAAACUUGUAAUUCAUGGUGCAUUCUGUGCCAGUACAAUUUGUAAUUUGUGUAUCAUGGAUGUUCAUUUAGACAUUAAUUAUUAAUUUAUUGAUUCUUCCCCACAGAA